AUGCCCGGCGACGCGGCGUCGUCGACGCUGCGGUACACGGGCAUCGCCGCCUUCGUCGCCAUCGUCGUCCUGGCCGUCAUCUACUACAGCCGGACCGCCCGUGCUGGCCCCGGCGGCGCCGCCGACGCGGCCACCGCGCUGUCGGCGCAGCAGCGGGGACUCGGCCCCGACGACGUCUCCGUGCUCCCGACGUUCACCUACCACGCCGUCUCGCCCGGCCGCUGCGGCCGCCUAAUCGGGGCCGCCGCGGUGGCGGACUGCUGCGCGGUGUGCCUCGACGAGCUCGGCGAGGGCGCGCUGGUGCGCAUGCUGCCGUCGUGCAAGCACUACUUCCACGCCAGCUGCGUCGACGUGUGGCUGCUGUCGCGGGCGACGUGCCCGCUGUGCCGGGGCAGCCCCGGCCAGGAGAAGGUCCGCCUCGGCCUCGCGUCCCUGUCGCCGCCGCUCCCGCAGCUGCGCCGGUGCGCGCCAUCGCCGCCCAAUGUCUCCUCCGCCGCGGCAUCCAGGUCGCCGUCUCCAGUGCGAUCGAGUAUGCGUUCCGAUCCCGGAGCUGCCGGCGUCGUCGCCCAUAGUCAGAUGAUGUCGCCGUCGCCGGCUCGCUCGUGGACUGCAGAGAGUGGUGGAGCCCGACUGUCAAGGUCACCGUCGACCGUAGCGCCGCCGCCCCCGACGACGACGAUGACGGAUUUGCAUGUGUUCGAAUUGUAG